ACACGGUGCUUUUAAGGUCGCCAUGGGAACCGCCCAGCCUACCUGUACUUUAGUACUUCCGUGUUUGGUGUAAACAUGCUCCAGCUCCAGCUCCAGCUUCUUCACCCACAACUACUCAGAAGAUCCAGCUCUCCUCCUGCACUGCACUGACGGUCUGUGAUCAUGGCGUCGUGGCUGCUGCUCCCAGUGCCGCUGAUCCCUGUGUUGAUCACCCUGUACCGCUCAUCACUGAUGGCUCUUUUCCGUCGUGUCUGUGCCACUGUGCUGAAACUGCCUGGCAGAAACAUGUGUGUCAGGAGGAUUCAUGCCUACGUUUUCUCCGAGUGCACCCACGGUCAGGCUGAAAGUGUGCUGGCUACGUUCCACCAGUACGCUAACACACAUGCCGUGCUCAGCAUUGGGCCUGAAAAAGGUGAGUUCUUGGAUGAGGUAGUAAGGCGCAAGGCUCCCCUCCGUGUUCUAGAGCUGGGGAUGCACUGCGGCUACUCUUCUGUCCGAAUACUGUGCCUGCUUCCUGUCUCUGGCAAACUGUUCACAGUGGAGAUGGACCCUCUCGCUGCAGACAAGGGCGAGGAGAUAAUCCUUGUUGCAGGUUUCAAACAUAAACAAUUCCAGGUGCUGAGCUGCUCCUCACAUGAAGCCAUCACUGGUUUAGCAUCUGACCUCAAUGAAGGCCAGUUGGACCUGGUAGUGAUGGAUCAUGAUCCUGAGCAGUAUCUCCCAGACCUGCUGGCACUACAGAGACACAAUCUGCUGUCUGAGAGCAGUGUUGUUGUACUGAACGGCGCUCAGGAACCCGGAGCUCAGACUGUGCUGAAGUACAUCAGUGCCAGGCCGCAGAACUACAGCGUGUGCCAACAGUUCGAAGACAUGCUGGAGAUCAUCUGUCAUAAAGACACGGAUCUACAUGAGGAAGAGAGCUAACAUCGUAAAUGUUGGGACUCAAUUAUAGUAUGAUGAUCAAAGUAUGAUUAUUUAUGUUUAUUGUUACUAGUGGUAUCACAUUUUUAUCAGCAGUGGAAACCACAGCAGUACUGAAGAUACAGACAGUGUAAAUACACUGAUCAGCCAUAACAUUAAAACCACCUCCUUGUUUCUACA